AUGGACUCCCCGAGCAAUGAGUCGGACUCGCCGGGGUAUACGGCCCAAACUCCCCCUCCACCAGAGCCCGAGCAGAGCUAUUACCCCUCGCGAGUCUGUCGCAUCUGCCUAGACACGGUGCUGCCCACCGUGCAGCCGUCCGAAUUUCUCCAAAAGCCCCGCGUGGUCUACGAGUCCACCGACCCCGAGCUAGGUCGACUGCUCCGUCCCUGCAAAUGCAAAGGCUCCUCGCGAUAUGUACACGAAGGAUGUCUACAAACAUGGCGGCACGCGGAUCCCAGAUAUGGCCGGCGGAACUACUGGCAAUGCCCAACCUGUGGCUUUCAGUACCGGCUGGAACGGCUUACUUGGGCUCGGUGGAUUAGUAGCUCCGGCACUCAGAUUCUGCUUACCAUUGGCAUUCUACUUUUGACUAUGUUCUUACUUGGAUUUGUUGCUGACCCUAUCAUUGAAUUUUUCCUCGUCGAUUUAGACGACCUCCCCUUGGAAGUGGAGGAUCUUGACACAUCACAGGCAUCGUGGGUGGCACAUUUUAUCAAGGGACUCGCCUCUCUCGGACUCUUGUCCUUCUUCCGGGUCAUGUUUAUGAUGUCGCCGUGGAAUCUCCGUGUUGCAACGGGAGGAGGUCGGUCCUCUAGCCGGGAUCGGAUGCGUUGGUUGAUGAUUGUGAUUGGCGUGGGCACGUUCCUAUGGGCUGUCUACAAGGGAGUUCGGUCAUGGAGUAAACGAACACUAGAAAAGGCGGGCGAAAGAGUCAUGGACGUCCCUUUACCAGACGACGAAGAUGACGACGCUGCCAUGCCACAACCUCAUGCCAAUGAUCAUUCCAAGACCGAUUAA